AUGUUUACUAUUCAACCGCUCAAGCUCUGGGGUCACUGGGGUGGCCCUAAUCCAUGGAAGGUUUGCAUGCUUCUCGAGGAGCUGAAGCUCCCUUAUGACCUCCAAAUUGUGGAGUUUACCGAUGUCAAGCAGUCACAAUACCUAGAGCUUAACCCCAACGGGCGCUUACCCACACUAGAGGAUCCUAACACAGGCAUUACGCUUUGGGAGACUGCUGCGAUCAUUCUUUACCUGAUAGAGCAGUAUGAUAAAGAGAAUAUCCUAUCGUAUGGCCAAAGCCCCGAGAAACACUUGUGUCAACAGUGGCUAGCCUUCCAGGCCUCUGGCCAAGGUCCGUACUUUGGUCAAGCAACUUGGUUCGCUCGCUUCCAUCCGGAGAAGCUCCCAUCCGCCACAAAUCGGUAUCUCGAUGAAAUCCUUCGAGUGACCGGGGUUUUGGAAGAAGGGUUGGCACGAAGUGCCACAGGCUGGCUCGUAGGUGACAAGUGCACUUACGCUGAUCUGUCAUUCGUCACAUGGGCUGGCGUCGGCGAGGGGCUACUUCACGAGCUGAACCGAGCGGAUGGCGUGGAGGAGAAGUAUCCUAGAUACACGGCUUGGCUUGCGUCAUUAAAAAAGAGAGAGAAGGUGGCUAAGUGUCUGGAUCUCAUUGCGGAGGGAAGAGCUGCACAUGGCUUGAGAUGA